AUGGGGAAUGGGGCGGCCUGCCGCCCGUGCCGCUGUGAUUGCGAGCGUGAAUGCUCUCGAGUGAUCUCCUUCACGCUCGCUGCUGCAUCCCUUGGGGCAUGUGCGUGGCAGAGCCUCCCCUACAGCUGGGCGAAUCCCUUCAGCGAUGGUCAACCGAUUACAUGUGCGGAGGUUGGAUGGGCAGCUCUCUUUCCACCUGUUUUCGUUGGGAUGCACGUUGGCUGGCUCAUCUGCUUCGUGAUUGCUCGAGAAUGGGCAGUGCUUCCCAUGUUAACCGGCUCCUUUCUGGCGGUGGCUUGUCUUCUGAUCACCUCGAUCGUUUUGCUGAUCCUCACUGCAGCGGGAAGCUGCGACCGGGAAGUGGAGCAAAGGUAUGUCAUCUCAACUUGCUUGAUGCUGCAGUGUCCUUGCGCACUCGUGUGCUGUUGCGGUUGCAAGUCCUUUUUGUCCUCUUGGUGUGAUGGUGCAGAGGACCGACAGCGGACCCGGCAAGCCCAACGCGAGGCACAGCCAAAGCGCCCGCGAGUACGAAGAGCACAGCGCAUCUUGAGAGAGGCCCUCAUCCUCGGAGAUGGCUCGAUUACAGAUCUUCUGCUGGACUUCCGAGAACGGCGGUGCCGUGUACUGUGGCGCAUGUACCGCUGCAUCUUCUUGAGCUUCAUGCACUGCCAGUGUCGCUGCUCCUGCUGCGCAGGAGUCCCAGAGGAUGAUCCGAAGUCUCCCACCUCGCCCUCGCCUUCAGAAAGAGGCCACGGAACGCCGACGUCUAGAGCCUCGGUCAGCAGGGCCUCCCUCUUCUUCAGCUAUGACGACGAGGACGGUGAGAUGGCCAUCCACUACCUAGCACGCGGGGAGCACCGUGUGGGCGAAGGCCGCGCCGCAACCGCCGCGGCGGAGGCGGCCCAGCGAUGUAUGGCCUGGACCCAGCGGGAUCAGCGGCUCUGGAAGCUGCCGGAGUUAACCGACGAGCGCCGCGCACGGCUUCUUCACGAGUUGGCAACAAGUGGUCGGCUGCCAUUGGCGCAGCUGCAGGUGGUCAACGCCUCGGCGCAAACCCCACUGCACUGUGCUGCCGCUUCGGGAUCCUAUGCCGUGGCCCAGGAGCUGCUCCUGCUGAUGGGCCACCAGGUAGAAGGCAUUGGGGCAGCCAUGGAAGAGGGCCUGGCUGUCGGGCUCCUGGCAAUCGAGGAUGCCAGCGGCGAUUCGCCUUGCGAGGUGGCCUUACGGAAUGGCCACAUGGUUUGUGCCAGGCUCCUGGCGGGUGAUCACGACCAGUGGCAGGGGCUUCUGAAACUGCCGCACCAGCGGCACGCUCUGCGCGAAUGCUUGUCCGGCGCACUGGGCCGAAUGAGUCCAGAUGGGUCAUUAAGCAAGGAGCCACUUGCUAAGCACGUGGUCCACGAAGGCGAGAAGCAGCUUCUGUCGGCUUUAGAGCAGCAGAUUCAAGAGCUGCAGAAUUCAUGCGGCUUGGUUGCUUCGUCCGGGACACAGUCCUUGCAGCUGCUACCGCGAGAUGCGGCUGAAGCCCUCUUGCAAAGUCAUAUGUUCGACGUGGAGGCGGCGGUUGCUGCAUUCCGAGUCUCUCCUAGAGAGGCCUUGGAUGCAGCUGGGCUGCGCAGCGUCGAUUUCCUUCCCGCAAGUGACCAAGAGCAGGGUCUUGGGCCAAGGACGCUUGGGCAACGGGAUGGUCCUGACCGAGCUGCUCCGUCAGUCUGCAUCGUAUGCUUUGAUGAAGUUGAUGCAAGCAAAUCCGCGUGCCGAUUGCUGCUAUGCAAGCAUUGGACCUGCGACAGCUGCCUGAGCAUGCACGUCAAGGUCCGACUGGACGAAGGUGAUGUUACUGGGGUCAUAUGCCCCGAGCCAAACUGCCGCAUGCCCAUUUCAGAAGAGAUUCUGAGCCUGCUCUUUGGAGCUGGCAGCCAAGAGCAGACAAAGCUGGAGCAGCUCAAGACGAUGAAGUUCGUCGACAUGAACAAGAACAUGGCCUGGUGUCCGGCGCCUGGCUGCGGCCGGGCCGUAUCCUUGCCCGCCCAGGAGAGCCAGGGCAACAAGAUAUUGUCUGCAACUGCGGUUUGCGCAUGUGGCACCCAGUUUUGCUUCAGCUGCAAAACCCUCGGUGGGCACGAGCCAGCGCCUUGUCAGGCACGGAACAUCUUCCUAUCGGAUCUGGCAAAGGUUCGGAAGCAGAUGGAGGAUGAAACAAACAAAUGGCUGAGCCAGAAUUCCAAAACGUGCACAUGUGGCGCAAGCAUUCAACGAAAUGGCGGCUGCAACCACAUGAUCUGCAGCGUUUGCGGUCGUCACUUCUGUUACAUUUGCGGACAAGACUGGGCACCACACAGAGGACAACCAGGAGGCUUCGACUAUUAUCAAUGUCGACUGCCUGCAUCGGAGGGAGGUGUGAAGGCAGUGGGUUCGCAAGCUCCGACAGCUGGAGUUUCCGGGCAUGAUGCCAAGUUGUGGAAGUUGCAGCGGGAAUGCCUGCCAGGUUGGAUUGCCAACGAGCGGCAACCUGAAAGGAUGAAGCUUCUUUUCCGGGCGCUUCUGGUACUUGCAGAGGAAUUCGACUUGGGCAUCAGCAUUCAGGAACCUCGUCCAGGAAACGACACGGACUCGUUUGUGUCAGCGGUGUCCCGGGAGUCCCGUGGUUGCCGACAAGCAGCUUGGGAAGGCCUUCUUGCUUGCAUCCAGGCUCGAAAGUGCUUGCAAAACUGCUACAUCCUGAAGUACCACUGGAAACCUGAGAGCUGGCGGCGCAGCCGCUUGCAGACAUGGGUGCCAGAGCUCGAGGGCAUUGUCGGUGCUUUGGAGUCGGCUCUGGGCCUCACACUGCUGGAAUCACAGGCUGUUCGGGCAGGCUUCCCUUCUGAUGCCGCAGCUGCUAAUGUUCCCAAACUGCCCAGCCAACCUCGGGACGUCGU